GAGGGGGUACGGUGUUGUAAUUGGAUGAGGCCGCUUCACAUCUCGGUCUUGUCUCUUAUCUCCAGUCUUUCUUCCUUGUCUCUGUGCUAGAGCUGGGGCUCGUCCGUCGGUACCUUCAUGUGUCCUCCUUUCCUCUGACCCUAUCGGUGACCAGUCCCAGAGCUGUCCAGAGGGGGAUGUCCCAGAAUAACGAUAUGGACAGAACAAUCAAGGUCUGCCACAAACCAUCCCACAUCUCCAUGGUGGUGUCCUCCCUUAAAGCCAGGACACAUCAAUCUUAGAAGAGUACAACAUUAACUGGACCCAGAAGCUUGGUGCUGGAAUUAGUGGCCCUGUCAGAGUUUGUGUGAAAAAGACCACACAAGAACGUUUUGCACUGAAAAUCCUUGUUGAUCGACCUAAAGCCAGAAAUGAGGUACGAUUACACAUGCUGUGUGCAGCACAUCCUAACAUUGUACAGAUCAUUGACGUGUAUGCAAACAGUGUGCAGUUCCCCCAUGAGUCUAGUCCAAGGUCUCUUGUUUGGAUCCCCAUUUGUUUUUCCUUAAGGGCACGGCUCCUAAUUGUUAUGGAGAUGAUGGAGGGGGGCGAGCUGUUUCACAGAAUCAGCCAGCACCGGCACUUCACUGAGAAGCAAGCCAGCCAAGUAACAAAGCAGAUUGCUUUGGCGGUAAAGCAUUGUCACUCACUCAACAUUGCACAUAGAGACCUCAAACCAGAGAACUUACUCUUCAAGGACAACUCACUGGAUGCUCCAGUUAAAUUAUGUGACUUUGGUUUUGCCAAAAUAGACCAGGGAGAUCUAAUGACACCACAAUUUACCCCAUACUACGUAGCUCCACAGGUUUUGGAAGCACAGAGAAGACACCAGAAGGAAAAGUUUGGGAUCAUUCCUACCUCACCAACACCUUACACAUACAACAAGAACUGUGACUUGUGGUCCUUAGGUGUUAUAAUUUAUGUGAUGCUCUGUGGCUACCCUCCUUUUUACUCCAAACACCACAGUCGAACCAUCCCAAAGGACAUGAGAAAAAAGAUCAUGACUGGAAGUUUUGAGUUCCCAGAAGAAGAAUGGAGCCAGAUCUCUGAAAUGGCAAAGGAUAUUGUGAGAAAGCUGCUGAAGGUUAAGCCAGAGGAGCGGCUCACUAUUGAAGGCGUUCUAGACCACCCUUGGCUGAACUCAACUGAAGCGCUGGAUAACAUUCUACCAUCUGCGCAGAUGAUGAUGGACAAGGCAGUGGUUGCUGGGAUACAGCAAGCUCACGCCGAACAGCUUGCCAACAUGAGAAUACAAGACUUGAAAGUCAACUUGAAACCGUUAAAUAUUGUCAACAAUCCAAUACUGCGAAAGAGAAAGCUGCUAGGAACGAAACCAAAAGAUAAUGUUUACAUCCAGGAUCCUGAAAAUGAAACCGAAGACUCAAACAUUGCACUGGAAAAACUUCGAGAUGUGAUUGCACAGUGCAUACUACCACAAGAAGGAGAAAAUGAAGAUGAGAAGUUAAAUGAAGUAGUGCAAGAAGCAUGGCAGUAUAAUAGAGACUGUAAGCUAUUGCGAGACACCCUGCAGAGUUUCAGCUGGAAUGGUCGAGGAUUCUCAGACAAAGUCGACCGGCUGAAAUUAGCAGAAAUAGUGAAGCAAGUUAUUGAAGAGCAAACAAACUCUCAAGAGGAUUCACAGUAACUGAAAUUAAUUUUUUUUUUUUUUUAAUUUAAUUUUUUUUUUUACUUAAAGAAGAAAAAUCUUGCUGCGUCUUAAUUGUAAAUUAAUUUUAUGUAAAUUAUAUCACUGAAUUUCCACACUGCUUGAACAUACAGUAUACAUGUAGAUAGAGGUUAAACAAACAUGGAGACUACUGUACUGAUAUUUACACAUCUGGCAGACUGCUCACUGCCAUUAAUCAUUUUGUAGUACUCUAUAGGCCUGCUCUUUUGCCAUUUACUAGCCUGUUGGCUGCUACUGACAUAACCACAGGUGCUGGCAGGUUGUUUAACUCUAUCUGUGCCAGAGAGCACUUUUAUAGAGUGACCGCAUUUCCUACUAGAUAUACUUGUGGAGCGCAGUUAUAUCUGGCAGGGAAAUAACUCGCAUACUUGAAUACAGACUUAUUGGAAUAAAACCAGUUUGGUUACACUGGCUACCAGUUUCCUCAGGAAUAAUUGGAAACGGCACAAGCCUUUGGAUCUAGUUCACCAGCUGCUUUGUAAAUGUGCCAGUAUAUAUCAAAGUAUGUGAAAAUAUUUCACUUAUAUAUAAAGAAUAAGUAACCUUAAAAACAUUUAAUGUGAAAUUGCUCAGGGCGUUUUUCUAAGCACUUUUGCAAUUUACUUUAUUUAUUUAUGUGUUGCAGUUUCAGAGCUAAUUAACUCUUUAGUUCCUGCCAAUAUAGUGAAUUUCAUAAUAACUGCCACAUGCUGGUUAGUUGUUGUAACAGAGAAGGGUUCUGAUUUUGCUUUGCUCAGAAAGGUUCCCUUUCCCAUCUCCUUCCUCAGCUGAGCAACAUCAGAACACAUCUCUGUUUUCCUUCUGAAAUUACCUCUUUGACGGUACAUUUGCAGGAACUGACCAGCAGGUGACACUGCUUCAAAAUUGAAAAUGAAACUGAACAAAUAAUAAUGGAAAUUGCAAAAGUGCUUAGAAGAGCAACCUGAGCAAUUUUAUAUUUGGUUUUUAAGGUUUACUUAUCCUGUAAACCAUGUUUUACUGGCUGCCCUAUAGAUUUUCUUUGCUGAAAAAAAAGUCACAGAGACUGGUUGCUAUUUGAACCCACAAGAUGGCACUGUUGUGUAUUUUUCUGUGAAUGACAAAGGGACAGCAUGGGCCUGCCUGUAAUGCACAAAGUUUCAAUUGAUCAAUUCCAGAUUUUAGUUCCCUUUUGCUGCAGAACUAAGCUUUAAACCUUGUGCUGCUAGAAAUGGCUGUAUUCAUUAUGGCUCUUGCAGUUUAUUGCAAGCUUUCCUGACAACAAUAGGGGUUUCUAGUAUUUUAUUUUUCUUUCCUUUUUUUUUUUUUAAGAAUACAUUUUAGUUUUCUAUUUUAAAGUAUUUUUUAUUUAAUAUAAAAUAUGCAUUUGUCUUGGUGUGCCUAACUAUGCAGUGAUGAACUGCAGACUAAAGUGCCAAUUUCAGAGUUUUUUAGCAGCACAAUGCUACUCUGUAUUGUCAGUUUGUUUCUGGUGUUGUGCCCAUGUCAUGCUGCCCCUAGAUAUACUCAUUUUCAUGCAACUCCUGGAAGGUGCACCAUUGGUCUGAUCUUUAUAUCUGACUGCUGUCUUGAGUUCAUAUAUAAGCCCCAUUACAUUACACAGUAAUCAUCGGGCAAAGAGAAGCAAGGCAAUAUCUGCAAUGUCGUCACUAUGGGGGAUUCUGACAACUACUACCUGCAAAUAGGGAGGUACACAAUUCUGUUUGUGCACUGGCGGUAGUUAUUUUUUUUCUCUCCACAUGUAACGUGUUUGUUGGUUUAUAACUGGCAGAUCAAUUUAAAUUGUCUGAUGGGAUCUAAACGCAAAAUGUGGGGUAUCCAUGUAACAUCUUAAAAUAUUUUUUUUACAAAAAAAACCCAUCAUUUUUCUUUUAUGGAGAAUAUCUAAAGUAUAUGUUUUAAUAAAUGAUCCCACAAUGGAGGAUUGUUUUCAUCAAAUAAACCACACAUCUUAGGUGCUCAUUUAUCAGCCUCGAUGUUUGUAAGUCCGCUGAAGGUAAAAGAAAGAAAGCAAAAAUUGGUUUGCCAUGGGUUACCGCCCUGGUGCUAAUUUGCCCAGUGUUGAUAAAUAUCAUUAUUAUCUGCAGUUGCUGAUGGAUAUGCAGUGCUACCAAACAUAUUUCACUAAAGCCUUAGCGCAGGAAGGUGCUACUGAGAAUAGUGUUCCCUUUUUCAUGUUUCAGUUUGCUACUGAGAUGGAUCGUUCCAAAAAUGAAGAUUGCACUCUAUUCGUUUCGACCGUAAGAGGUCUUCAUCAGGGGAAAAAAAUCAUAUAAAAGCAAACAAAGCAAAAGGGUGAGAUAAGAGUCCGGUGUUUUCACUCGCCCUAUUGUUUAUAAAUGAGCAUACCCAUCUGCAUACUUGGCCAUUAUGAAACUGGAGAAGGCCCUGCGGUGUGAAACACAUCUGAAUAUAAGUGUAGUAGCAAUAUGCUUCAUUAUUUUAAUAUGCACUAAUGGUCUUUAUCAUAUCUUUGUGAAGUAGAAAA